AAUUAUCGAGUUCAGAGACGAGACGCUACUACUCAGAACAAAUUGUUUCCAAAAAGGGAAGGCCAGAAUUCACUUCGACGAACAGAGGAUACUUUUGAAGAUCAAGAGAGAGAACUAGAAAUGUCCAUAUCGCACAAUGACAUUGAAGUAUUGGUACGACCUGGGGAAUCCGAAGCAAGUGGUGAGGAAAGUGGAGACAUGUUCGAUGAAUUAGAAUACGAGAGUGAAGAGAUCCCGGGUCCCGCGAUUUAUUUAGCUGCCUUGGAGGAAAUACCGAUGCUGGAAAAAGAAAAGGAGCUUGCUGUCGUAGGACUAAAGGUAGACCUAAACAAUCUGACAGAAGAGGAGCGGAUAGAAGCGAUAAAGCU